UUACGGUGCUACAAGCCACAGGAGAACCUCCCUGUUCAUCUGGCUAGGGUUUGUAUGAAAUCUUGCAUGCCAGAGGAAAGAUCUGAUGAGCUGCAGAAGGCCAAGACAUCCAACAGGGAGUGGAUCCGCAAUAACAGGACCUGGGAUUAUCACCAGCUUUGUGAGAUUCUGCCUGACAGGCACUCUCGGGUCAGCAUGGUGAAGGAGCUUCUCCGGCGAGGUUUCUUCAUCAAGAACCAGCCUGAUGACUCUGAACUGGUCUUAGACCCUGUAGGUGCCACCACAACCACCACCACUGUGAUCGCUCCCAGCACUAAAGAUUUCCAAAAGAUUUUGAAGGCUGCAAAAGCAGACUUCCUCCAGAUCUAUGGGAACCUGCUGAAGGGCAGUGAGGUCACGAAUUCUGAAAAGACGAUGUACCGUUACUACUGUGAGGCAAUCUUAAUCUUCCGUCACCAUCAGUGCCCAAGAGCUGUGGAAGGCUUGAUGGAUGCAGAGUGGGUGGCCAGGAUACAGCAUGGUGGCAGGGUUGUGACUGGCGUCAGCAGCCGCAAAACAUCAGCAACAUUUGCCUUGACCAAUAGAGAGGAAGCUUGGUUUCAGAUGUACUUUCAAAAGAUUAGGCCUGAAAACAUUCGGCCUGAAAAAGUCUGCAACAACUUUUUUGUUUCAUCCACUGGCGAUGCUGUUCACAAUGUGUCACAAGACAUGAAUCGCCUACUUGAAAUGUAUAAGCUACCCAUGUUAAAGAGUCAAGAUGUGCGGAAGGCCAUUGAGGCUGCUGCAAAAACGCUCCCAGCGCACCAUCAGGACGCCAUAAAUGAUUAUCUGGCACAUAGAGCUGGUGUGGUCCAAACACAUAGAAUGCGACAGCCUCAGUUUGUUGUGAACACAGCUGUGCUGCUGGACUCCUUGGCGGGGUAA